AAUCUCAUCCCAGAAGGUGGAAGGGCGCUUUCGUCUCUGCAUCCGCCUGCGCUGAAAGGUCCAGCACGGCAGAGCAACGUUUCGCCCUUGUUGAGCGGAUAAAGCUGGACCGUAUUCAGCGUAUACAUUGCAGCCAUUAGCUGCAGACCUCCACAGCAUAUACUGCUUUUGGACGGCGGCUGAGCCCGGUGCACGCGGCGGCUGGCGUUUCUGCUCCCGUUCAUCGCUUGCUGCCCCACAGGGCUUCGCCUUGCAAAGCCCGCGAGUCAGGAAAUAGUUAAAUGCUACAGUAUUUUGAUUAGCAGAGCCUUAAAGUCAGUAAAAGACAGUCAGAGAGAACUAUCAGGAGCAUGCUAAUGAAGUGAAGUCAUCAGCAGACACCAGAGAAGUAUUCCUGCCUGCUCCGCGCCCUCCGGUGCUGCCGGAUCUGAAUACCAUGUGUGCAGGUGGACUUUGCAGCUCGCGGACCCGGGCUCGGCUGCCUGGCGCUCGGCGCUUUGGAUAUCGCACCGCUUCUCCGUGAUUUUUUGUCUCGCUAAUGAUAUUUCCAGCUCCGAGGGAGCUGCCGGAAGACGGGAGAUAGCGCGGCGAGCGAGGCGGUAGAGGCAGCAAGGGGCAGCUCCCGACCGCGCGCGGGAAAGCCUCGCCGAGGAGAACGCAGCCCUCCCCUCCGGCCGCUCCGUGAUGAGAGCCAGCACCGGGGCCGUCCCGUGAGCACCCCGCUGCCCCCCGCGCUGCUCCCCACCGCUAGCACCCACCGUCGCAGCCCCCGCCCACGCCGCUGCCGCCGGCGAGGAGGAUUCGCCCGGCCCCCCCAGCCAUGGCCGCGGCAGGCGUGGGGCUUCGCCGCCGCGGCACGCUCGGCCCGCGCGAAGCGGCCGAGGAGCCCCGCUAGGACGGAGCAUCCCCGGUGCCAGCCAAGAAAUCCAUAUUUCAUGGGAGGUGAAAGCGAGUCGCGGCAGUAGCUGAGCAGCGGAGGGGUGCCAAGGUCUCGGCUGAAAGGAUGAGGCGAGUCCCUGCGGCGGCCGGCCGGCCGGCCCUGCCCAGCGCCCGGGAUGGCAGCGGCUGCAGGGUGCUGCCGCCCUUCUAACCCGGCCGCGUCCUGGCGCCCGCGAGCGAGGACCGUGCCCAUGACGGAAGGACGUAGCCUCGCAGCACGAAGCGAGACCGGCGCUUUCUAGUCCUGCCCCUCGGUAUCAUGACUGGAGAGACCCAGCAUGUUUAUGCCAUCAGCGAUACUGAGGCCAGCGCCAAAGACCAAGAGAAGGACUUUGGCUUUGAGCGCUACGGCGAGAAGGAUGGGAGGGCGCUCGACGGCAGCUUGCCCGAGGGCUCGGAGCCGUGCUCGCACGGCGGCGGCGAGGGCACGUCCCCCUUCCCCAGCGCCAAAGACAAGGAGCCCCACAGCCAGAGGGAGGCUGUGAUCAGGCCGCAGCAAGCCGGGAAGAUCGACUUCAAGUCCCUCCACAACAAGCCCAAGUUUGCCAGCGACGGCGCCUGGAGCAGCCUCAAGGGGAGCCCGCAGUCCCCCCCCGGGAAGAGCCGAGCCCGGGAGAAGACCAGGCGGUCGGGGAAAGGGGAGCGGAGCCACCACCAGCUCUACAGGCUCAGCAUCACCAACGCCCGGUCAAACCCCACCAUCGGCAUCGCCUACCCCCAGCAGAAGGUCACCCCGCCGAAGAAGCCGGACGUCAGCCGCGGGCCCAUCUCCGGCAGCUACCGCUUCCACGUGCCCAGCAUCCCGGAGAGAGAGGCCGAGCUGCAGCAGGAGGACCUCAGCUUCAGCCGAUGCUUCCCGGAGGCCCCCGCCAGCCUUACCUCCACCAACUAUACCUCACAGCCCGCCGCCAGCGCCCGCCCGAACCACAGCGUCAAAGGACAGCCCCCAGCAGGCCUUCCCCUCAAGAGCCCCGGCACCAAUGGGCAGCUACAUUACCUAGAGUUUCAGGCAAACGGGACUAAUUCUUGGCCUUCUCCAGAGAAGAACUUUGCAGGUGCUAACUACGGGGUCUCGGUGCAGAAGCCGAGCUCUUUUCCCGAGGGCAGCAAACCCGGCGCCCACGGCCUGGGGGCCUUGCCGUUCCAGUACCCUUUUCAGCUGCUGCAUGACGCGGUGAAGGAGCCCUACCCCAGCGAUGCUGGUGGCCAGGAGUACGUGGAUGUUCCGCUCGCAGCCAGCCAGGUGACUCACGCCGCUUUCGGUUUCCAUUCCUCCUCCCGAGAGUGGCAAGACGAGACGCUGAGCAACAGCUCCUACGAGAGCGUGUCCCCCGAGGGCCGGCUGUACGGCCUGCCCUCGCAGCCGGCCCCGUUCCUGCCCCCGCAGCCGCCGGCGGUCCCCCACCACGGCCCUCUGCCGUGCUACAAGGGCAGGAGCGAGCAUUCUGCUGAUCUCAAUGGUGCUCUCUCAUCGUCUGGUGCUAUCGACCAAAAUCCAAGCACUUUCCAAGAAAACCAAGCUGUUUUUCCACCUAGUUUACACUCUCCUAGCGUGCCAAAGCCAGUCAGUAAGAGGCAAGCCUCAUCAAAAGACAGUGUCCCUAGCCCACGGCUACUGAUCCAGAGUAGCUCUCUUAGAAGGAAUAUGCCACCGAACUCUCUCUCCCAAGUGCACUUUCAGAGCAAAGUCUAUUGCGGUUCCCCAGCGGGCAGCGUAAGCACAGGAUCCGUGCCUUUCGAGACAAGCAUUCCCACUACACCACCAACCCACCCCAGGCUUGUGCAAGCUUGGGAGGGUGCCACUAAGGCGUUUUCUCCCAUGGACCAGAAUUCAGCACCUUAUUCAAACCCUGUUGGAAACCAGUUCUCAUUUGAGUGCCAGUCUGGCCCCGAGCAGAGGCAGCACAGGCAGAAAAAUGCCAGGAUGCCUUGGCAGCAAAUACACCUCACUUCUGCAAUGCCUGGUCAAAACAGGAUAGAGCUGUCGAGACAAAUCACCAGCCAGAAGCUCCCUUUCUCCCUUGGCACCUCGGAGUGGCAAGGGAGCGUGAAAGCCCAGAAAGGCACCCCGCUGAGUAACUCCCCCGGGUAUCACAGCAAAAAGCUCUUGCCCGGAGAGGGCCUUGGGGCCCAGAGGGGUGACCCCAGCCGGCAGAGCUGCAGUUCGACGAGUGCUUUCUCUUUCGAAAGUGGAAAGGACCCAGGGUCUCCUGCCUGUGACUCAAGAAGCAAAGCCCUCUUCUACAGCAUGGGCCAAGCAGGACCUCCUCCUCCCUCCAGGAACUCAUCCGGCUCAGCGUUGGUCUUGCCACCAUCAGCCUUGGUGGCUGCCUCGCCGUGCGAGUCUCCGCUGCCUUCCCCUGUCCCCAACCCCACCUGCAGCAGCACCUGCUCGUCUCUCUCCCCCAUGUCGAGCAGCCCGCUCAACCCCAGCUUUGAAGACAGCCAGAUGUCUGGAGCACUUACCCCUUCUCCCUUCUUCCAUCACCCCUGUCAUCCCAAGGACAGCAACAAAACCUUCCACCCCUCCGAUGUGCUGAGCUCAGGCUCGCUUCAUUACCACCCAUCAGACUCUGUCAAGUCCUUCCACUUUCCCCCUGACGCCCUGAAGGAUGACGGUCUCCUCAAAUGUGCCCCGGAGAGCCCAUUUCACAAGCCUGGCGUGGAGGUGGCCAAAGGAUGCCUCGAUGGUCUCGAAGGGGAGCAACCUCCUCCACCCUAUGCCUCCCAUCACCUGCUGGCCAGCUCGCUCAGCAGUGCCAGCCUGGACCAGCUGGACGUGCUCCUGACCUGCAAGCAGUGUGACCAGAACUACAGCAACCUCUCCUCCUUCCUGGAGCACCGGCAGUUCUGCGGCUCGCACGCCGCUUUCCAGGGUGAGGCGAAAGACGCUGCCCGGGCAGCGGAGAGCAGGAAAACCCUCCCUCCGGAACCGGCGAAGCACUCCCACGCUGGGCCCAACCUGGCACUUUCUCCGGACCCCCAGGCGCAUCUGCUGGCUCUGAAUAAGAACGACGAUUUCCUGCUAGAGGGGGAAAGCAAGAGCGAUGUCAAAGAAGACGCUCUGAAAGGCAACCUCUUCAACGGCCUGACCACAAACUCCUUGCCACUCACUGCAUCUGACCUGGAAAUCGAUGACGCCAAGCUGGACAGUUUGAUCACAGAAGCCCUGAACGGCCUGGAGUACCAGUCAGAUAAUCCAGAGAUUGACAGCAGCUUCAUAGAUGUGUUUGCUGAUGAGGAGCUCACAUCCGUGAAGGCUGCUGGCAACGGGCUGUCUCACAAGACAAAGGAAGCCUCCGAGAACAAACCGAAGCACACGGGAACCGAGGAGAAGCCAGCAAGCCAGCAGAAAGCCAGCUACUAUUAUGAAGACAGCCGUCCUAGAGGGGAGCAGGCCAAGAGAAGAACGGGAAAGCAGCACAUUCAUAAGGGGAGAGCGGGCCGGAGGCUGGCGGGCCAUGAGGCUGAGCGGCAGGAGAAGCUCCGCGCGCUGGAGCCGUCUCGGAGCAAGUCUCCAGGUCAGGCAGCAGCCGGGGAAGGGGGACCCGACAAGGCAGCCAGGCUGAGGGUGGGGAGAAAGAAUAGCAGCGGCUGCGUUCCACCGGCAGCCGUGACCAAGUCUGCCUCAAACCAAAAGCAGCCCAGAAAGGUCAGCCAGGAGACUCAGGCAAACAGCGAGGUUGGGCCGGGUGUUGCCACCAAGAGCUCCAAGCCGCCCCGGUUCUCCAUGAAGGACAUAAAGAAGCGGAAGCCACGAAGCGGGACGUGGAGCAAGGAGCUCAUCCACAAAAUUGUGCAGCAGAAGAACAAGUUCCACAAGCUGCACGUGAAGAGCAACAAGCACAUGCAGUUCUCCUUGGUCACCGAGAGACUGAUGCCAGCUGCCAAGGAGGGUAAAUUUCAGGAGUACGACUACAUUUCAGACUCAGAUGACGAAGGGGCAGAGUGCACCAAACUCCAUGGGAGGAAAAGGCGGGGAGCAGGAUUUAUUGGGAGGUCCAAAUACAGCUUUAGCAAGAAACGUCCCGGAAGAAGUGAAAGAGCCAAAGAAAAAGAUCCGGCCUGGAGCUACAGCCAAAAAAGAGAGAGUCAAAAAAGAGACACUCAGGAGCACAGGAGGGUUCCAAGUAAGGAGGCCACCAAGAAAGAGGAUUGUGCAACCAGAGUCCGAAGGCGGAGCAGCCAGUCAUCUACUGGCAGCAAUCACAGCAUUAGCAUGUCCAGCGAAACUGGCCCCAGCCCCCCCUGCACUGAACGGGCUGAUUCAGACAGUGAGAAGGGAAGCGUGCAGACGAGAAGGCACUCGGAUAGCUCGGAGCACGCACCAAGGACUCCACUCGGCCUUCCCGAGGACAGGAGCCCAAAGAAGAGCCAUAAAAGCAAAGAGGACUUUUCAAGAGGAACCAGACGGUUUGGCUCAGCCAAAUUUUUGCUAGCAGGCUCCAGAACGCAUCCAAGUACUAAAUCAGAUGCUCCUCUGACAGACUGUACGAAGGAGGAGCACCUACCACAGGCCCAGGAGAAGCAGCACCCCAGCACAGACCCAUUUGGCAGGAGUCCCAUUAGACCCUCCUGUAAGGAGGAUGCAGAAGAGCCCAAAGGAGCAGCAAGCCAUGCAGGUGAGACAGGAAAAACUAUUUUGGAGGCUCAGGAGUCACCCGAGUUGACAACAGUCAGCCACAGGCAUCAGUUUGCCCCUUACACUGACGAUGCUCUGAAGUACCCUGCAGAAGAGCUAAUUGCUCCAUCCCGUGUCAGUAACGAAGCUAGUCCUGGCAAUGCGAGUGCUGCCUACUCAGAAGCUGGCAUCAAAUACUUGAAGGAACACGGGCUCUGUGACAGUCGGAAGGACUAUCCUGCUCCCAUUGCCCCGUACGGGGGGGAUGCUGUUGGGAUGAUGCUUGCUGGCAAAGUGCCCGAUCCGUACAUGAACAGUGACAACACAUUUUUCGAUCACAAAGGCCUGCCCGGUCACUAUGAGUCCAACCUCUUCUCAAAGCCCCCAGCCUUGGGUUCCUCACACACUGAUGACAUGUACUUAUGCCGGGAUGACAUUAAUACCGGUUCCUUCGAGCAGAAGCACGCCAAUAUCUCCCCCUACGCAGCAGAAAAUCCACAGGCCAAGGUCUCCUCCCCUCUCAGCUUCGAUUCCUCUUCAAUAUUUGGAGAACUUCCUGUGACUGAGUUCGAUCCACCGUUAUACGAAAGCGUUUCUGCAAGCAAGGACAAUUAUGUGACAACAUUUGCUUGCCCUGGCAAUCCACCCAGCAAGCCACUGCCGUUUGAGCAGCCGUAUCCACCAUUUAUGCAGGAGAAAGACUGGACCCUCAUGGAGGAGGUGGCUCCAAUGUUGCCAGAAGACAUGACUCAGUUCCACAGCCUUUCAGCAGAAAAGCCAUUAGCCAAGAAAUUCCCUGAUGAAGGACCUGUCCCUCCCAACCAACUGUCUCUGCCGCUGUCAGACAGGAUAACAGAUUAUAACGUAACUUUUAUGAACAAUAUAUCAGACGAUGAACUGGAGAUCAAGCGAUUAGUUACAGAACUGGAAAGUCAGCUGCAGACUGGCAAAAUGAAUAAUGAGGCAUCUGUCGCUCUACAGAAACCUGAGCAACACGUUGCCACACAGCUGCGAGAACAGGCAGCCGAGCAAUUUCCACCGCUGCCUGUUGAUCAAGAGGCUGGUCAUGAAAAAGGACUGUUUUUGGCAGAUGACCUUGGGAGUACAAGCCUUCUAGCCCCGAAAGUCUGUGUUGGCGAAAGAUUGGGGAGUGAGAAGCCAGGUGCUGCCAACGUACACGGCAACUAUGAGAGACCCAGAGAGCCCUGGCCCUGCCCCGUGGAGUUCAGCUCGCUGGAAGCAGAGAUGUGCACGCCAGGCCCCGAAGACUCGCUCUCCGUGGACCAUUUCUGCUCCAAAGAUGCCGGUGAUCAGUUCCAGGGGGCUGAAACUGCCAAGGAAAGUGACUCCAGAAAGAGGGAAACGGAAUCUUCCUCCCAGGGUCUACCUGACUCCUGUAUGCCAGACAAAAUAGAAGCUCCGAUCUACACAGACCAUAUGAUAAAAACCCCUCUUGUUGUCACUGACUCCUUGUUCCCUAAGACUCUAGAGGCAGCUGAACCGAACAAAGAAGAUAUUCUACCGUCCCUGCCAUGUAAGCAUGGUGCUGAGAGCUUCCCUGUAGCAGGAAAAAUAGAUAAAAGCUUUGAUGAUUCUGCAGAGCUGGAAAAGUUUGAUACACAUCUUCCAACCCUUAAACCUGAAUUUGGCUUUCAGCAGGGUCCGGCCCCAGCCUUGGAUCUCGCCUUUUCGUCUCGCAUCAAAGAGGUCCCAGAUACAGAAGACAGACCUUUAAGCAAGGCCGAGUCACCCAGAGUGGUGAAAAGCACAGUGCACUUCAAAGGGGACAGCAGUGGGUCUGUGUUGCUGGAAGAAACGGAGGAGAGUAAGAGCACUGCAGCCUACCAAGCCCCUGGGACCAGCGACAAAGCCAGCAAGCGGAAAGUGUUGUUGCUUGAUAUGCUGAGUCUGCCCAAGGAGAGGGACUGUGGCUCCCAGAAGAGGCUGGCUUCCCAGGACACUGCUGCAAACCCCCUGCAGCAGCUCCAGCUCUUCGUUGCCCGCACUGUGAAGAACAACGAAGACGAGCUGUUGAUGCCCUGCUUCCCCAUGCUUCUUGCUCCUAACCACCCCCCUCCCAGCGCCAGGGUCCAGACGGAGCAGAAAGAGGAGAGCAGCGGCAACUUGGCAAGUGAAAAUCGGACAUGCUGCCCUGCCCAAGGGGAGGGGAAUGUCCCCGUUGGGGGCGAGGCAGAGAGCAGAGCUACCCCAUCUAAAGAGGCUGCCCUCUUCUCAGGUGCCUGUGAGCAGCUGGAAUCAUUCAGUGAAAUGGGCUCUUACAGUGCAAAACAAUCCACAUUUGUGAACCUGGAGCUGCAAAAUAAUGUAACAGAGCUGCAGCACUUAGCAAAUGAACAGGCAGAGCAGAAUGACAUUAAUAUCUGUGCAGAUGGUGUUUCCCAAGAGCGUAAUGACCUCUCACCACUUCACGACGCAGUGGUGACCCCAUUGCCAGGGCAGGGAAAGAAAGCUGAUCAGCUUGUGGAAGAGCAGGAGCAAGAUAAAAACAAAGCGACCUUGGCAUUUAAAAAACAUGAGCAAUCCCUUUUAAGCCGUAGUUCACUUGAGAAAGAAACGUUGGGUAGUGCAGCAGCAGAGAGGCUGGAAACAAAUGAGACUGACUGUAGAUCCUGGUGCGAGGGAUCUAACCAGGAUGUACAGUCAUUAGGCUCCAUAAAAAGCAAACGGAUAGGAUCAGGCAGUAAUGAAGUAGGGCAUGGGACACAGCCCCUGCGCAGUGCAUCUGCGAGUCCUGCCAGCCCGCUGAAUCCCUCAGAUGAUCCCCACCAGGAUCAUCAUUUGUCGCAGGGCACAAAAGCCUGCACAGUAAAUGCUAAAGUUCCCGAGGAAGGAAAUAGCAAGAAAAAGUCCCUCAAUGGCUGUCACUACACAAGCGAUUCUCUGGCCAACCUGCCCUUGCAAACAAACGUGUCUCAUCCUAAAUACUUGCAAAGCAAUGGUGCGGAAGGAGGAGAGUUCCCCAGCUUCAGCACUCAGCUAUCAGAGGACAAUAAAUAUAGUGCCUCCUUGCUUAGUGCAGAGACUUCGAGUCUGUUUAUCACAAAGAGUUGCCCUCCCAACGCCGACAGUAGUCAGAUUUGCCACCCCACCCCGAGCCUGUUAGAGCAAGUGAAGUGGAGAAGAGCACCUGCCUUUCCUCUGGCCCCGCAUCCCUGCGGUGCCGGCAUUCCUGCACCGCUGGAGGCAAUGGGAAGCGGUCGCCAUCACCUUCCCGAAGGCGUCCUGAGUAACUACGGACCGCCUGAGAGAGAAGGACUGGCAAGACCCCGUGCUCCUCUCUGUGCUGGUGAUCUGAUGGGCCCUGCUUUGGAGAUCGAAGGCCCCCAGAAACUGCAUGUGAAGGACUGCUCACUUCCUUGCUUGCCACCUUUCAACCAAAAGGAUUUUGGACAAGAGGUACCAGAAAGCCCCUGUGCUGUGCUAUCAGGUCCUCAUUUUAAAGAAAACAAAGCGUGCACCAUCACAGAUACAAUUAUUAAUUCCCAGUCCAUUCCUCCAGAAACCCAAGGUUACCCAACCCAGCCCACAACGGAUCUUCUGCUGGUUAGAGAAAGAGAGGUAAACUUAAAUCAGAAAGAGCUUGAGAACUGCUCUCAAGAUGAAAUGAAACAUCAAAAUGAACCAGAGGCUUUGUCCGAUGAUUCUGUUGUUCAGCAGAUAGCACCUGCUGUCAGUAGCAGUCCUAAAAGGAUUGCAGACCUUGGUCCUGCUAAACUAAAUGCCCACCACUUUUCAGAGGCAGCAGAGAUGAGAUCUGGUGAUCCUUCCAAAACCACAGAGAAUGGGGGAAAGAAUUUAAAAGGAGAGAAACCCAACAGCUGUGGGGCUGAGCGUGGUGGAGAAGCUGGGAGUUGUAUGUUAAAUAACAUGGGCCAAGGAGAGGACAACACGUUUACUAGUCUUCCAAACACUUCCCAAAAUGAACUUCUAAAAGAAAAGAAGCCAAAUGGGCUCCAGGUCACCUGUGAUAUUUGUUCAGCCUCUUUCCGGUCCAAGCCUGGCCUGACCAGGCAUAAAGCUGUCAAGCAUCAGGUAAAGAAUAGUGGUGUAUCACAGGCAAGCAAGACUCCUAGGUCCGAUUUAGUUCCAGCAGACAAAGCAUCGAAAGCAGCCAAAAAGGGCCCUAGGAGGACCCUAAAGACUUCUGUCAAAGAGAAAAUCUGCAGCUCACAAAUGCCAACCACCACUGCUGAGCACGUCCCCAAGAAAAUAUGCACAGGCCUGGAGAAAGAACCCAACGCACAGAUGCAAGAAGUAGUCAGCAGAGUGCUCAGUGACCUCAGUGUUAUAUCCUUUGAGAUGUCCCAGGAGCUUCAUCGCACAGGUAUUCUGAACAGGGAGAUGAAGGCAAAGUAUCAGCGCUCGGAGACAAGGGGGGCAGGUGAGGCAGUGGCUGAAAAGCUGGAUCCUGGAAAGCAAGCCAGGAAGGGAGAAAAGGGCCGAAGGAACCAAAGCAAAGAUCCUGGAGGAGUAAACAGCAAUUCUGAAAAAAAGCUAAACAGGAAAGUGAGACGAAGGAAAGCAAAGGUAUUUCCCAACAGAAAUGAGCCUGAUUGUCCAUCUGAGAUGGAGAACAAUGUGAAUUCGGGUCCUUCCCCUGCUGUCCUCAGCAGCGUCAGCUCCGAUCUGUCCAGUAUGAUCGAGGGCUUGCAUGAGCCAGGCAGCUGCGUCUCAACAGAGGAACAAAAUCAGCCCAACUCAUCCCAACACUCUCAAAAAGCAAAUCAGUGCCCUUGUACAGUUGAGCACUCGCAGGACCCGGGCAAUAGGAUGGAGUCUUCAAAGGAAAUGGUCAGGAAGGAGUCAAGAAAGGGCACAGUUGCCUGUCCUACAGAGGUGGAAGAUCCAAGUCGAGUGGAAAACACAGAGGCUUGCAAGAAAUGGGUUGGUGGAUUUGCGAAGCAAGUGGAAAAGGGAUUGGGCAAGGUAGACAAAGAAUGGCAUCUUCACGGUGAUGGCAUGGAUGGAAUGAAUAUUGAGACAAAAGACAGUUCUACGGGAAACAGCUGUGCUGGGAAUCAGAGCAGUGCCCCGCAGGGUCCCACAGGUUCUGCCGAACAGGACCUGCCGCUGGAAAAGCAGCAUUCAGAAACCACCCAAAAGGCUCCUGCGCAAAGCACACUGCAAAACACCCCUGAUGCCAGCUCUCCCUCCGGAGAGCCCAAGAGCUGGGUGAAGGGAGACUUGCAGCAGAGCAAGGAGCACUGCGUGGACAGUGCAGCUGUCUCAGACCUCCAGAGCUUGUUUGAUGAUGACUCCACAUUCUCCCAGCUGUUUCCACGGGACGACCAGUUCAUCCGGAGGAAGUGCACACGGGUGUAUGGGAAGCGCACCAAGAAACCCAAGCCUGUCACCGAGGUAAACAUCCGGCCAGCGGGUGCCAUCGACCUCUUUACUAUCCGAUUAGCUUCUGACCUCAAUGAAACCAGCUCUUUCUGUGUUACCAGGGAGGAUCCUUGUGAAUAUGAAACCAUUUCUAUCGACGAUGCCUUAAUGCUAAACAUGUGUCACAGCAGUAAGGCAAAGAGCGGAGAUGCUGUUCCCAGUGGAACUAAAAAUACUGCACUGAGGUCAGACUGUGAGAAGAUCAACCAAGAGAAGGAGGUCAUUGACCUGGAAGAUAACAACGUGCUAACCUUCUUGUGCCAAAACAGCCAAGUGGAAAAUGUCCCCAGCUUGAACCUUUGGGGCUGUCUGGAGAAGGAGGGAGAAAGCAUCUCUGCUGAGGAAAUGUUUGAGCCUCCAAUGAGCCUUGAGAAUGAACACUCGCUAGGAGAAACGAGCUCAGAACCGCCCGACCUGGCAGAGGAGCCCUACGAUGGCAAGGUCAGUGAAGAUUCAGACUCUCCUGACUUUCAUACAAUUGACAUUGAGAUGCUGAAUGCAAAGCUGAAAAUGAGAGACAUGUGUUUCUUCGGCCCGUGCGAAGAUCUCCCUGGCCAUGCUGAUGAAAAUACUGUGAGUUCCAAGCAGAAAGCAGGCCAGCAUAGCAAACACAGCAGAAGUAGGCUGGAAGAUGGGAAGCUGGGGAAAAACCGCAGUGACGUAAACCUCAAGACCAAAGACAAGCAAUAUAAAUGCAAAGUGUGCUUCCAGUGGUUCCUGACAUUAGGGGAACUGGACUUCCACAAGCUCACCCAUAACCCUUCCCCUCCUCCCACCUGCUACAUGUGUGUGCAGCGCAAAUUCAGCUCUCGGGAGCAGCUAAGGGACCAUUUGAAAGAGAAGCAUGCCAAAAACAAGGCUGGCCUGUGGGCUUGCGGGAUGUGCCUGAAGGAGAUUUCCGACGUCUGGAUGUACAACGAGCACCUCCGAGAACAUGCCACCCAGUUUGCUCGGAAAGGGCAAGCGCAGAAGUCCGUGAUGGGCCUGCCUGCCUGCUUUGGCGAGGACAGCGCCGCUGUCACCCACUUCCUCAACACCAUCAUGUAUCGGAGACCCAGCAAGUCCUCCAGGCACGCCGACUCCGGCAACAAGCAUCUGGUUAGCAGAGAGAACAAGAGCCCCAGAGAGCUGCCCCCUGAGCAAGAGGCCAUGGCGAUGAAAGACCCCUUGGAAAGCAACAUCAAGGUCAAGCCAUCUGCACCCAGCUCUUCCAAAGCAUGUGCCAGUCCAUCUCCAGACCAUAUGGCAAAAAGCGACAGCUCCCCCAAAACUGUCCCCAUGCACCCAGACUGCAAGGAUCCUUCCAGGGACUGUCAUCACUGUGGGAAACAGUUUCCCAAACCCUUUAAGCUCCAGCGGCACUUAGUAGUGCACAGUUUACAGAAGAUUUACUUGUGCCACAAGUGUCCAAUGUUCUACCAGGAGACCAAAGAGCUUCGAAACCACCUCAGCCAGGAGCAUGGGAUCCUGGAGGAGCAAGAGAUCAAGCACACCACGCUGUACGCAUGUGAGCUCUGUGCAGAUGUCAUGCACGUUAUCAAAAAGUCCUUCAUAUGUAGCAUGUGCAACUACACGUUCUCCAAGAAAGAGCAGUACGACCGGCACAUGGAGAAGCACCUUGCAGGAAGCAACAAGACCUUCAAAUUCAGAGGGGUCAUGAGGCCUGGCAUUGCCUCCAGAGAGGGCAGGGAGAAGGUCAAAGACGAAGGCUCCCUCCAAGAGGGCAUGCCACCAAACAAGAAAAGAAAGGUGGUUCACCGUGGCAGCUCACUCCCGCAUAGCUCACCUGUGCGCCUGGACCACACUAGUGACCUGCAGCUGAUAGAGGUUGCAACUCCCAGCCCGCAGGCUCCUAGCGAGUCGUACAGCCCUAUAGCAGCUAGUGAGCCAGGAGCACCUCCACCCCAAACCUCUGUGAAAACAGAAGACCUGGUGGGUGACUUCUCUGACCUCCUUGCAGAGAUGGAGAAAUCUCAGUUUGAUGCCCUGCCUCCCCCGCCCUGCCUCUCCCCGUCUUUGCCACCGGCUGCCGCAAGCAAUCCAGAGCUCGGCCGUAUCACUACCCUGUCCAUUGAGGAACUGGAGAAAGGAGCUUUUGAUGGGAAACCACUUCCUUUCUUGGACUCGCCCCAGUUUAAUAUUGACCUUGCUGGGUUAGCCUGUAACCAGGUAGCAGAUGAAAAACUGUCUUCUCCACAUCUCACUGAGAAACGUGGCAAUGCCAACGCCCAUAAAAAAACAAGCUUGGGCAACAAAGACGAAUAUAUAGCAGGUGUCCUGGAAAAUCCCGAUGCAGCCACCAACCCUGUGAACGAGGUCCCAUUUCUCCAACUUGCCAAGAAGGUUCCGGAGCUUCCUUCACCGAGAGCAGAGGCUCCUCAGGCCAAAGAGACCAACAAAAUGCUCUGGAGCAACCCCAGCGUAAACGAUGCUCCUUCUUGGGAAGGAGCAUCCAAGGCUAGUUCUUCCGAGGCUGCCCACCACCCGCUGCCUCUGAAAGACAAGACGACGUCGCCAGCGCUGAACAGGGCUGCCAAAGAGUCGGCCCCGCAGAAGAAGACUGCAGGCAGCCCGUCCGGCAGUGAUGCUCCCAACGCAGCCAGCCCUGGGAGGAGCGCCGAGGAGGGUCCAAAACCCGGCUCGCUGAAGGAAAAAGCCGUGCCCGAGGCAGGUGCCGGUGCCAGGGAGAGCGGCGCUAACGCCAGCGGCAAGGACCAAGGCGCCCACCAAGGCAAAUCCACGGGCCACCCGCUCAGAGGGGAGGCAGUCGGCAAUGCUGCGAGACACGGGCACCUGGAGCCGAGCAAAGCCGCGGACAAGCCGGCUCUGAGCGUGCCGGGCAAGCUGCACCCAAAGAAGCGAAAAGAGCACAAGUCCUUGAGUCACAGAGGCAGUUCCGGCUCCCGGGAGAACAUCGAGGGAGACGGGAAAAAGAAAAAGGCCCGGACGCCCGGUCCGGGCAGGAGCGAGAGUGCCGGCGAGUUUAAACGCGCCGACUGGACCAACGCCGAAGCUUCUGCCCUCUCCCCCGGGAGGAGGGAAACGCACUGCAACAGACUGAUUCCCAAACCCAGAAUGGCAGGAGUCGGCAACCAGCUGCGGAAGAUGGUCCUGGACCCCUACAACCAGAAGAAGGUGGAGAUCCGCCACGCCAACGGGGACGUGAGGCGCAAAAAGGCCAUUCUGGGGAAGAGCCUCCACCAAGUGCUGGCCAAGGGGCCGGUCUCCUCCCUGCGCGGCUCCUUGCACCGGCCACGAGCCGCACGGGGCGCGAAGACCGCCGAGCCGGCCAGCUUCCGCACCGCCGAAUCCCAGAACAAUCUGCUCAGCCAGCUCUUCGGGCAAAAAUUAACUAGCUUUAAAAUUCCUUUAAGAAGAGAUACUUCAGAGUAAUUUAUGAAAGUGACUUAUGGUGAUCCUCAGCUGCUUUCAUGGGGUUUGCAAGGGGAAAAUUAUCAAAGCAUUAAAUUCGUUUGUGUAGCAUGAUUUUUCUGUCUAGCUUAAAUGAACUUGCACUGCAGCCUCUGUGAAAUAGUUUGCUUUGUGUCUACUAAUCUACUUUAAUUCACCUGAUUUAUCAUGCAAAUGCUAGAACUUUGAUGUUGCUGAUGAUUUUCAUGAACUGAAAUUGUAAUCGCUUUGGGCAGACUGAAUCGUCAAGAGCAAUUGCUUUAUUGCAGAAGUGCUGAGGUUAUAAGGAUACUUGCAAAUCUCAGACCCUUUUGAGACUGUGUCUGUGUUAUCUUUGUACAAAGUACUUGAAGAGAUGAACUUCAUUCUGUAGACGUCUUAUUCAUAAGGUGCAGUACACUGUAGAAAGCAAAUUUUUUUUUUGAAGAUUUUGCACAAAUAAUCCUGUACAAUUCAUUUAAUUGGGAGCUGGCCUAAGAGACGAUACAAUUAAAAAAAAAAUUAAAUUAAGAAUCGAGUGUCCCAUAUUUUGACAGCCAUCCCUAAGAAUUUGUUUCUACAUUGUCAAGAGAAUAAUGAACUAGCUUUCAUGCUGCGUGGGCUCUUAUAGCAUUUCCGACGUUGCUGCCAUUCUUUGACCACUGUAGAUGAUGUAAAUGGAGGAAAGCCAAGAACACGAGCAAACUGCACCUUGACACUUGUGACAAACUCUUUUUGUAGUUUUUUUUUGUUGUGUUGUUUUGUUUUGUUUUUUUGCGCAAUGACAAAACUGUGCCAAUUUACCACACCAGAAUGGUACUGUCCGAGUGCCCUCAACGGUAUAACUUCUAAACUAUCUUACUGUAUUGAGUUAGUGGCUAUAUAGGUAUCCGCUUUUUACUAUGCAGUUACUGGUGCUAUUUUUAUUUUGUAAUGUGAAUACAGACUUCCUUGAUUGAAAAAUAAAGGGAACCAUUAGGAAGUAGCAGUUACCUGUAAACGAAAACAAAGCAGGAAAAUCAAACUUUAAGGAAAAUCCUGUAUGCUGGUACUCCAUAGCGUUGGAAAGGUUACGUCACGUUGUACAAGCACGUUAUACAACUGAACUUUUGAACCGGAAAGAAAUCUCAGGUGCAAACGAGGACAUGGAAGAUAACUAAAUACUAUUGAAAUACUCCCAAGUCAAGGAGGUGAAGUAAUGCACUGAUGUGAUAUGAACAGUCAGAGUACUUUGCGUCUGUCCUGCAAUUUUUUUUUUUGUUUUAGAUUUAAAAGGAAAAAAAAGAGGCUUUAUUCUGUUAAUAUGUAUCUUUACAAUUCUUUGUAUUGUAUAAAAAUAUUGUAGGUAAUUUACCUUGGGUGCAAUGUGUUAUGUCAAAAGUUUUUAUUUUGAUAUUUUGUCAGAGAAGCAGAGAGAGAGCAGGAAACGCCUUUUUAUGAUGUCGUAUGUGUGCUUUUAAAGUGCCUCUUUAAUAUUGUUAAAUAAAGUAUGAGAUGAAAAUAUGGGGUGGUACUGUAAAAUCAUACAUGAUUAAUCUUUUCAAAUAUAUUCCAAUAUUUUCACAGAAA